CAGUCACGCAGGCUAAGGGCAGUCAGGACGAUUGAAAUGCAUUAGUACGCCAUCUCACAUUGAGCCCUCCGGGACGUGUGUAUGCUCUCGUUUGUCCUGUUUAGCAACAUUUGCUCAUUUAUAAGUGCGUGACUGAAACAUAAGGCUGUUGAUAGUCUGAAGGAUAUUUGCAACAUAUGUCAAGCUGAGCCGGUGCUCUGUUAAUAUUUACCCAAAAGACUAUUUUGUUUGGAGUGUGAUUGUAUUGAACUUGGUCCGUUGUUGUUGCCUGAGAGUAGCUCAACUUGGCAUUUGGGCUCCUGGCAUCCAAGAGAAGGAACCACAAAUUGGUCAGUUUGAAGAUGCUUCAGGAAGGACACUGAUGUGCUCCAUGAGGAUUAAAAUGGCCAUUUGUCCUAGUUUCAUAGAAGAGUCUUCAUCCUGACCAUUGUCCUUGAUCUACACAGUUUGUGAAAAGAGUUACCUGUAUCUUGGUGACAAAAGACUUUGAUUCUGUUAUACAAUAUUGGAGAACAUCAUCAUGCCGAUUCUGAAGCAGUUUGUGUCCACAUCCUCGCAGUCAAAACGGCGAUCUCGUGUUGACCUCACUGCAGAAAUGAUAAGUGCGCCUCUGGGAGAUUUCCGGCACACUAUGCAUGUGGGACGAGGAGGAGAUGCGUUUGGUGACACCUCCUUUUUGAGCACUCGCUCUGGGGAACCACCACGGGAACCUGAGGUGCAACAGCACUCACCUAAACAGAGCCUUCUGUCCCGUACAUUCAGAAGCAGCAAGCGCUCUCAGUCUGUCAAUCGUGAUAAGCCUGACAAUGCCAAAAUGGUGCCCCCCGUUGGCUCACCAAGUUACGUAAAGAAUGCAAUCUCGCUGCCAUAUUUAAACGACGAUGACGUAGGACAAGGCCAAAUCCAUUUUCCCAAGAGCGUGUCCUCUAGUCCUCUAAAGAACUUUUCAGAAGCUGACGGAAAGCCGCUUAAUGGAGCUGCGGCACCCACUGCAUCAGACUUGGAGCUUGACGAGCGGAAUUUUGGUGAGUUGACUGACUUGCGUCCAUCAGUUCCAUACAUCGGAGGCAUGAAACACGCAGAGUCCGUCAUGUCCUUUCACGUUGAUCUUGGGCCCUCCAUGUUGGGAGACAUCCUGAGUGUGAUGGACAAGAAAGGCUGGGAUGAUGACGAUCUCGGAUUCGAAGAGGGAAAAAGUAGUGAGGGAUGCAGUUCGCCACUUCAGAGCCCUCCCAACGAGGCUGAGGAAGAGGAGCCCCUUCCUCCAGUCCGACCUCCACGUCAGAGGCCUGGCACCACCCCUUACACUCCAGAGCUCCAUAAUAGGAACCAUCAGCACUUGGACAGCUGUUCCAUUUCCAGUUCAGGCUCCACUUUCCUGGAAGAAAAAACCCACAACCAUUAUGACGGGAACAUGGAUGACAUCAAGUACAGCUCACCCAGAGUGCAUGACAACAGGGACUUCUCUUACAUGGAUGAUGACGAUGGUGAUGACGAAAUUAGAGUGUAAAGUAAACCACCGGGUGCCAGAUUGUUCUUUUUAAGGACUGAAAGAAGGGGUGGAGGUGGGUUGGGCUCGAUUGGUGGAUGUUCAGGUUAGCACACAGAUUUGGUGGUCUGUUUAUAUUUUGGAGACGAAAGGGAAAACGUACGUUUAAGCCCUAGCUAGCCUACAACUCUGUAUGCUUUUUUCACUACAAAUCCUAAUUCGGGUAUACAAACUCUCUCUGUUACUAGAGACUUUCACCAGAGCAGCCACAGCUGUGAGAAGAAUAUGCUUGCGUGUUUGUUUGAUUGUGUAUGCCAAGGGAAUGUAAUUCCAUUUCAGAAUGGUAAUUGCUGUCCAGUGAGUAUCAUUAAUGAAUUUCAGUGUUGACCACUGAUAGUGCUAAUACAAAAGGUUUGUGUUGAACCAAACUUCAUAUUCUUCCAUGACCAUUGGACUUUUUGGCAAUGCAGUACUCUGUUAAAACUUGCCUAUGCCUUCUCUGAUAAGCACUUCCAAACACCCAACAGUCUUGUUUUACAUUUUGUGUCCUCAUGGAUUCCAUCAAGUUAUAUUUAAAAAUGUUGUCUUGUUCACAAACCGAAAUGAUUUAAAGGAUUUUAAGAAUAGUUCAACCAACAAUGAACUGCGGAACACAAAAUUAGAAAUCUUUAUGAAUAUCUCCAUCCAUCAUGUCAAUACAAUGAUAGUGCCUCACUUUAGAUCUUAUAAAAGGACACCAAAACCUAUGGUAUACAUUAGAAGGCUUGUAAUAUCACACACGAGUCGCAAGGAUUUUAUUAUAUGUUUGGGUAAUUCUUAAUGUUUAAAGACUAUAUCCGCUGCCAUUUUAUUGAAAACAUGGACUGCAUUAUUCAUUAAAACUUCUUUUUUUUUUGUUCUGCAUAAGAAUUAAUAUUUUUGGAAGAAUUAUUCCUUUAAAUGCUGACUGGAAUACCAUAAACAUGUUUGAAGUUCAGAAGAACAUCCACACUAAUCAGUUUAAAAUUUGAAACCUCCGUUUCCUAAUGUUUUUCAUAGUGGCUCUCAUGUGGCUAUUGAGAGCAUUUAUGAAUGCAUUUUCGGUGGAGGAAAAUGCCAUUUUAGUGUGGAUGAACGGAGUAAAUGUAGAAAAAUCAAUGCAUUUUCAAAUGAAAACGGAUUAGUGUGAACUUAAUCUCUAAUAUGUUACCUUUCAUGUGGGGGUUGUUCAUUUUGUAUAUCUGGACUUUGUCAUGUGCUUUGUGUGUGUUAAAAGGAUUUCUUGUCAGGUCACAUUAAAUUCUCAAUUAUUUAGAUGUGUAGAAGUCCAGAUUGAUAGAAGAAAGAGAAAACAAAAGCAACGUGGCAUUGCAUUACAUGACCGCAGCUGAAUCAGACUGGCUGCAGUUAAAAAAAAUUAGUUAUUGUCAGUUAUUUCUGCGAAUGUGUGAAUGAAAAAAAGAUUAAUGUCUAGAAGGCUAUACAGAAGUGUAUUUUUGAUUAGUGUUAUAUAGAAUCAGAGAGAUAAAGAGUAUAGAUGUCUUAUAUUCAGGGGCUGGAGUAGUGCCUUGAACUUAAAACAAUGCUCAUCAACAGAAGUGGUUGUAGAGGUUUUUCAUCUCUCAAUGAUUCUUGGAAUUCUUUCUAUCUGCAUAUUUAGGUUUUGAAAAGAGAUCAACACCCUGUGAUGAGACUGUACUUGUAAAACCACUUGGUGCCAUAAACUAUUGAUUUUUACAUCAGUUAAAUAUAGAAUACAUUUAAUUUCUUAAUAUUUAGUCCUUUUUGGAAAUUAUAACGAAUUUGAUAGAGUAAGCAUUUUUCUGUGAAGGUGAAUAUGAAGUGUCUAAUUUCAGCAUCACUCGCAGCACCAAACAACACUGCAAUCAUAACAACAAUGUCUUAACCAAUAGCUUGUCCAAAUGUCUUUUUGCAAUUCUAUUUGGUGCCUUUGGUGACUAAAGACCCUCUAAAAUGCAAAUAGGUAUUGCUGUAGCCUGAGAUCUCCAAACGGGAACAGAAGCUCUGAAAGAGGGUGGGAAAACUCCACAAGGGAUAGGGGUUACUCCAGAAGGGGAUUGGGCCCACUCCAAAAGAAGGUAGCACUUCCACCCAGAGUUAGAGUUAGGGCCUGUGUAUGUAUUUGCUGGUGGUUUGGAAUUCCCGCACCUUUUUGCUCAACUGCAGUUAUGUCCAGACCUUCACAAAUUACCAAGAAAAAAAAAGAUGCUACAAUUACCAAGUUUGCUGGCAAGAUACUGUUCAGUAGCACUCCAAUAAGCUCCACAUUACCAUGAAAAACAUCAAAUAUCUGUCCCUGUUUACUAACUUAAAAAGUAUUAACCAUUAAUUGUGCGCUUUGGGAAAUAGUGUUUUUCAAUCUCACAAAAUAUUUUUAAAGUUACUUUUGUACAUUGUUCAGUUAUUUGCUGUAUAUAUUUAUUUUAUAUAUUAAGGUUAUUGUUUAGUGAACUGUGUUGGCCCUGUAAUCUGACAUUACUAGUGCACUAAGAGCUGAAGAGGCCAGCAUUUUCAACCAUUAGUUGUGUUCCUACACUGCUGGUUUCAAUAGUACAGAACUAUUUUGCAGAUCUUAGACUUUAGUUUGCAUUUUCAGUGAACUAUCAGUGGCGUUUUACCUUAGCAUGUUGGUCUCAGGGGAGUGUUUUUUAUUGUUUUGUGAAAUAAGCAUGUCUGUGCAGAGGGAAAAGUAAAGUACAACUGAGAAGAAAGAAACCGUUGGGAUGUUUGUAAUGCUGACUUGUUUCUUACUGUGAUUUUCAAGCUGUGUAUAGUGUGGUUUGGAAAAGGGCUUUUCUGAUGGGGUACAAGGAACUCGUGUUGCCUUACAUUUGGCUAAAAUGCUGCAUUAUGUCUGCAAGCACAAACUGGGAUAUGCAAAUGCGCCAAUUUCUUAUGCUGCUUUUUGGGUUAAGUAAGCAGUCUUCGAGAGAUCAGGCUGCAUGCAACGCUUUAGAAGGCCACAUGUCUGGAACUGAAUUUAUGAGACUGAAAAGGAGCUGGAAUGCUGAACUAAAGCAGGGUUUUGAGGGCACUAUGUCUCCAUCUACAUUUUUUUUCUUUUUUUUUUGUUUUUUUUCUUUCAGGCCAAAACUGUUGCCUGCAAUUUACGAUGAUAUGGGGGUUUCUAUAGCUUCUUUGCUUGAUUAUUUCAACAGUAGGUACGACACCAAAUCUGUAGAAAACAGAAACUAGAACACCAGUGACAAAACACUAAACCUUUAAUUAACAGUGUAAAACAAUCUCUUUAAUUUCCAUUUCAUUUUUUUUUUCACUUUCUAUCUUUCAUGUUCUGCUUUCAAAAUAGUUAUAUUUUUCAAUAAAAGGAAAGCUGAUAAACUUUUCUAGA